UCGGCAGCAGCAAAGCUAUUCGCGUGAUUCCGCUGCCGCACGUGUUGCGACUCAGGCCGCAGAAAAGUUAACUUCUACAAAACCGCAUAACCGUGAAAUAUCAUCCAAAAUGCUUACUGCCGCCAGAUUGUCAUCUAGAUCUGUUUUGAGCUCAGCAGGAGCUACGGAAAGUUUGCUAAAGCGUGGUUUGAUCACGCUGAGCUCCAAGGAGCAUCUUCUGGAAGAAAAGAAAAAUGCUGGAGUACAACACCGAACUAAGUCAACUGCAGUGAAAGGAGCUGUCAUUGGGAUUGAUCUUGGUACAACUAACUCGUGCGUUGCUGUCAUGGAAGGAAAGACGCCUAAAGUAAUAGAAAAUGCAGAGGGAUCACGCACAACACCCUCAGUGGUAGCUUUCACUGCUGAUGGGGAGCGGCUCGUCGGAAUGCCAGCCAAGCGCCAAGCAGUCACCAAUGCUGCUAACACCUUAUCGGCUACAAAGCGGCUUAUUGGUCGUAAAUUUGAGGACCCAGAAGUGAAGAAAGACAUGAAAACAUCUUCGUACAAAAUAGUUAAAGCUUCCAAUGGUGAUGCAUGGGUGGAGGCUCAUGGAAAAAUGUAUUCACCUAGUCAAAUUGGUGCAUUCGUCCUUAUGAAAAUGAAGGAAACCGCAGAGGGCUACAUGGGCACGACUGUUAAAAAUGCUGUUGUCACUGUGCCAGCUUACUUUAACGACUCCCAAAGACAGGCAACGAAGGAUGCUGGCCAGAUAUCUGGACUCAAUGUACUGCGAGUUAUCAAUGAACCAACAGCAGCAGCCUUGGCCUAUGGCAUGGACAAGACUGAUGAUAAAAUCAUUGCUGUUUAUGAUCUGGGUGGAGGCACAUUUGACAUAUCUGUGCUGGAGAUUCAGAAGGGAGUGUUUGAGGUGAAAUCUACUAAUGGCGACACAUUCCUUGGUGGUGAAGAUUUUGACAAUGCUCUCGUAAAGUUCCUCAGUCAGGAGUUCAAACGAGACCAAGGACUUGAUGUGACAAAGGACAAUAUGGCAAUGCAAAGAUUGAAGGAGGCUGCUGAGAAAGCAAAAAUUGAACUGUCUUCAUCUGUCCAGACAGACAUCAAUUUGCCCUACCUGACAAUGGACCAGUCUGGCCCGAAGCACAUGAACCUCAAGCUGUCUCGUGCAAAGUUCGAAGGCCUAGUAGCAGACCUCAUAAAGCGGACUGUGGACCCCUGCAAAAAGGCAAUGCAGGAUGCUGAAGUAAAGCGCACUGAGAUUGGCGAAGUACUACUCGUUGGUGGCAUGACUCGAAUGCCGAAGGUGCAAGAAACUGUUCAAGAGAUCUUCGGAAAACAGCCCAGCAAAGCUGUCAACCCUGACGAAGCAGUCGCAGUUGGAGCUGCCAUUCAGGGUGGCGUACUGGCAGGGGAUGUGACAGACGUCCUGCUCCUAGAUGUCACACCCCUUUCGUUGGGCAUCGAAACCCUUGGCGGUGUCUUUACGAAACUCAUUAAUCGAAACACAACCAUUCCGACAAAGAAGAGCCAGGUAUUCUCAACAGCAGCAGAUGGGCAGACUCAAGUGGAAAUAAAGGUGCAUCAGGGCGAACGUGAAAUGGCGUGUGACAACAAGUUGCUCGGACAGUUUAGCCUAGUGGGAAUUCCACCUGCUCCACGUGGGGUGCCUCAGAUUGAGGUGACGUUCGAUAUUGAUGCCAACGGAAUUGUGCAUGUCUCUGCACGAGACAAGGGCACUGGCAAAGAGCAGCAGAUUGUGAUUCAAUCAUCGGGUGGACUUAGCAAAGAAGAAAUUGAGAACAUGAUCAAGAAUGCAGAACGGUAUGCAGAGGAAGAUAGGCAGAAGAAGGAAGUUGUCGAAGCAGUUAACCAAGCCGAAGGAAUCAUCCACGACACAGAGUCAAAGAUGGACGAGUUCAAGGACCAGUUGCCUGCAGAAGAGUGUACAAAACUGCGAGAGAAGAUCGCAAAAGUACGUGAAAUCUUGGCUAAUAAGGAAAAGGAAUCUUCAGAAACAAUCAAGCAGGCAACAAAUGACCUACAACAGGCAUCACUGAAGCUUUUUGAAAUGGCUUACAAAAAGAUGGCAUCUGAACGAGCCACCUCAGAAUCAUCAGGAAGUAGUGAGAGCAGCGGUGAGGCAGCGGAAAAGAAAGAGGAGAAAAACUGAGGGCAGCAGGACUUCCCCCAAUAAUAUAUAUGUACACAGGCUGCACUUCACUUGACAGGCAGAUUUCAUUGUGUGCUUAGUCUCAUGUAUAUCAGUUAAAUUUGUCCCACAAAAUAUCCAGGCAUUGCCAUGCAGAACAUCAUUCAUUUAAUGCACGUCAUAACAUUAGGCAAUGUUAGUAUGUAUUUUGAGUGUAGAGAUGAAAAUGUUACCUUCCAUGUACAGUAAAAGUAGUUGUUGCUUUCAAACUGUUUCUUUCCUUUGUCUUUUUGCUCUUUUAUGUUGUAUAAAUUGGUGUUGAACGUA